UCCAGUGGAUGCCCGUUCCCCCGACCAGACGAUUGACGAAACCGCAUUGCAACGUGCUCAUGGCACAAUUGCGGGAUUACUUGCACACUGCAGUACCGACUCCGUUGAUGGACACCGGAGUAGAGGUUGUCGACCCUCACGUCUACAUUGCGAAGAUCGACUGCGAGUUCAAGACGCAACGGUACGACGACAUCAACGCACCAUUGCUAUAUGUACGCAUUCAGAUCGGAGAAGCGACUUGCAGCGCUUUGAUCGAUUGCGGAGCAUCUCACAACUACAUCAGCCAGGACUUCAUGGUGUGCGCCGGCCUUGGCCCACGCGUCCGGAGGAAGUCCCAGCCUACGAAAGUCACGUUGGCAGACGGUCACACGCACAAGUCAAUCGACCGGUGCAUUGACAACGUCCCAGUGUACUUUGCCCCUCACGCAAGUGAGGAGGUGCCCUUUGACAUUCUGGACACCAAAUUUGACAUGAUUUUGGGCAUAUCAUGGCUGCGAAGCGAGGAUCACCCGGUGAACUUCUUCCACCGCACCGUCCACAUUCGUGAUCGGAACGGAGUACUAGUUCCAUACACGGUGCCUCUUCCUCAUCCUUUGAUCAGCAGCCACGUGGUAUCCACCGCAAGCAUGCGAGCUUCCAUCAUCAGAGACGCCCUCCCGCCCCAUGACGCUUCCUCGACAGACUCACCUUCGGAUCCACGCAUCACCGAGCUUCUCGACGCCUAUUGCGACGUGUUCGAAGGCCCGCACGGAGUAGUACCGGAUCGACCCAUCCGCCACGAKAUCAUCCUCRAGGACGGGGCCGUACCUCCGCGCGGUUGCAUCUACCGAAUGAGCGAGGAAGAGUUAAGUGUGCUUCGGGCACAACUCGACGACCUUCUGGAGAAAGGCUGGAUUCGGCCUAGCUCAUCGCCAUACGGUGCUCCUGUUCUCUUCGUCCAAAAGAAGAACAAGGAUUUGCGGUUGUGCAUCGAUUAUCGCAAGCUCAACGCGCAGACGAUCAGAAACGCAGGCCCUCUCYCACGCAUCGRCGAUCUUCUCGAGCGACUGGGCGGCGCCAAGUUCUUCUCCAAGCUCGAUCUCAAGUCGGGAUAUCACCAACUCGAGAUUUGCAAGGAGGACCGUUACAAGACCGCGUUUAAGACGCGAUAUGGGCAUUUCGAAUGGAUGGUUAUGCCAUUUGGCCUUACGAAUGCCCCGACCACUUUCCAAGCACCUAUGACAACGAAGUUCCGACACAUGCUGGAUCGAUACGUACUUAUCUACCUCAACGACAUCCUGGUGUACAGCCGGAGUUUGGAGGAGCAUGUGGAACACCUGCGCACCGUUUUGGAGCGGCUACGAUAAGCCAAGUACAAGGCCAACCGCGA